AUGGGUACGUACUUCAACGGGGUCACCGCUGCCCUUCGGUUCGCUAAGGACUACACGAUAGCUGCUGGAGCCUAUCUUCUUGCCAGUAAAGCACACAAGUAAGU